AUGCCUAAUAGACUGGUUGGCAUCUACAAAACGUUCGAUGCGACUAAGUCCGUAACUUUAGACCCCUCAAGAAUAACAGAAGCAGACAAGCAGCAGCAGCAGCAGCAGGAGCAGCAGCAGCAGGAGGAGCAGCAGCAGCAGCAGAAGCAGCAGGAGCUGCUGCAGCUGCAGAUGGUUCCAGCAGGGGUUUCCGUCGUGCCUUAG